AAACAAACCAAGCGGUUAACGACAACAAACAGGCGGACUAACUGCUAAUAUUAGACAACGAAAACUAAUCAUUUCAAUAUAUAAGCAAGACAUAUUAUUUUUCCAUCCUUUGGGAUACUUUCAUAGUUUUUUUUUUUUUUUUGAAGAAGGCUAGCCCAACAAACGAUGGCAGCUCAUUCUGAAGGUGGAGAUAUUUCAAAAUCAUCCGGCAUUCAUGCACCAGGAGGUAUUUUAGAGGCUGGAGCUGAAUUAAAACGGGAAGCCAGACAACUGAAGCAAAGCUCACUGCAAGAAGAAACAUAUUCGAUGCCACGAAUUACUAGGAAGCUCCUUAAAGAGCUCUGUAAGCAGCACAAGCUGUACUACACCCCUUCCCUUAAUGACACGCUUUAUCUGCACUCCAAGGGUUUCUCUGUCAUUGAGAAUCUAGAGGAAUACACAGACCUGAAGUGCCUCUGGCUGGCAAACAACGUGUUGCAGCGCAUUGAGAACCUGGAUGCCCAAAUUCAUCUACGCUGCUUGUACCUUCAGCAUAACCACAUUCACAAGCUGGAAAACCUUGAACAUCUAAGAGAUCUUCACAUCCUGAACGUAUCCAACAACCACAUCCACAUUAUAGAAAACAUCUCUGGGCUUUCUGACCUCAGCACUCUGGACAUUGCUCACAACAAGCUGGAGUCUGUGGAGGACAUUGAGCAUUUACGUCAUUGUCUGGCCAUCAGCGUUUUGGACCUGUCUCACAAUCUGCUUCAUGAUCCCAAGAUCCUCUCUGUGCUUGAGGCCAUGCCGGACCUGCGAGUGCUGAACCUGAUGGGAAACGAGGUGGUAAAGAAGACCCCAAACUACAGGAAGGCUGUGAUCUUUCGCCUCAAGCAGCUCACUUUCCUCGAUGAUCGCCCUGUUUUCCCCAAAGAGCGGGCAUGUGCAGAGGCGUGGGCGAGGGGGGGACUGGAAAAGGAGAAGGAGCAGUGGGAAUUCCAGGUGAAGAUGAAAGUCCAGAAGCGCUUGAAGGGAAUGGAGAUGAUUCGCCAAAAGGCUCUGGAGAGACGCCGCCUUCGUGAGGAAACAGAGGCCCCCACCUCUCCAGAGAUGGUCCUCCUGGAUGCACAUGAAGAGCUCCUGGAUAAUCUAUCAGAACAGGAGGAUGAAGACAAAAACCAAAACGAUGUAAAGAGAGGUGAAGUGUGCUCUGAAAACAGGAAGCCUUCUCCUAGGUCUCUUCUCACCAAAGAAGAUGAUCUUGGAACAGCACACGGUCCUGGACCACUGGUCACAGAGUUGGAGGAUGAAGAGCAGCUGGAAACAAUCCAACUCCUCACAAACCGGCCACUGCACAUCGAUGACCUGCCUGAUUUAGAGAAUGUGGAACUGGAGGGUUUUACUGAAAGCUCCUCUCAGCAGGUGUUCAAGCCAAAGAUAGAAGUCAUAUCUGGAGGCAGUGAUGAUGAUGAGGAGGAGUCAGCGCUGGACUGGAGCGAAGACCGCUCCCUCUCAGGUUCAAGUCAAAACUCAGCUUUCUAACCUACUGCUCUGCCUUUUCCUCCAGCCGAGGCCUGAGCUCCUCGGGGUGAUGCCUGACUGAAGGACUGGAUGAACGUGUUUGAUUUGAGAACUUUUUAGUGAAGCUUCGAUUAAAGUCUAACGUUAUGUAAAAAUUUACCAAAAGAACCAGAAAAGUAAUGUUAAGAUGUAGAAUCUUUUGUUAUGAUGGAAUUUUUCAUCCAUGUCAGUGGUUUUGGUUGUUUGUAACAUUUUCUUGGGGAAAAAAAAUGACAAAGUUUGGCUUUAAAAGUUUAAUUGGGAAAAACAGCUAAAUGUGAGUUUUAUCUUUGUCAGUUUGCGUAAAUAAAAACCCAGAACAC